CUUGGAUCACUGUGUAUAGGUAAACUUUCCUGACUUUGGCUUGUGUACGCCAAGAAGCCUGCAAAAAUGCCUCCCAUUCAGCAGCAAAGGAACCGAAAAAAUUCUAAAAAGAAUCCUGAAACUUCAAGUCAGGUCAAAAAGCGCAAAAAGUCGUUCAAAAAUCAGCUAAGAGACGUACAGCGUUUACUUCGCCAGAAAGACAUACCAGCCACAGUACGCGUUGCKCAAGAACGAAUGUUAAACAUGUUAAAAGAAAAUCUAACUGAAAGUGCUAAACAACAGAAAGAAAAGAAGAUGUCGAAAAAGUAYAAAAUGGUGAAAUUUUUUGAAAAGAGAAAGAUUUCUAGAAUGUACAAGUCAUGUACAAAYGAAUUAACACAAUGCAAAGAUAAACAACAAAGGGAAGAGUUGGAGGACCGUUUAAAGCUGUUAAAGCAACAAUGGAAUUAUAUUACAUAUUUUCCAAAAGAUGAAAAGUACAUCUCUUUGUUCCCACCAACACCAUGCACCAACAAGGCAACACUUGACAGUCAGGAAGAAAUUCUCAAGCUUAUAAAUGACAAGAUCGCUAAAGACGAAAUAGAGGACACAAGUGACAUGAUUCUCCAUUCGCCAAGAGACAAGAAAAAGAUGAAAGGAAAGUCUGUAGGAAAAGAGAUAAGGUUGUCUUCUCAACAGGACAAUCAAGAACAAGAAGAUGAACCUACUUCUGUUCAAUCUCCCAUAGAUGAUUUUUUCAUUGAUACUACACCAUCUAAGAUAGUGAAUAGUCCUACUAAGAAUGAUCAAGAACAGGCCGAAUCUGGUCCUUCAGAGAGUUUAUCGUCUGACAAAUUUGGUGCUACUCACAAAGGCCUAAAAAGACUAAAAGGCGAGAGAGAAAUUGCUGCUGCUAAAAAGAAUAAGAAAAAUAAAACUAAAGUCAAACCUUAUUCUUGAAAAAUUAUGGUCUGAUAGUUUACAAUUUCCAAAAAUAUUUGUUUUUGUUGAACAAAUUGCA